GAUUACUUGAUACUUCGCUUGCCAAAUUUGCCAUGUGAGUACUGAGUACCCCAUCAGUUCUUGCUGGCUCUCUCUCAUUUCCAGUUAAGACUUGAAAAAAGGGCUUCUAAUUAACAAUCUCAUUCAAUAGCCUGAACUUGCAAUUUGCACACGGAAGCUCCGUUUUCUCUCAUCCACUGAGACGAGUAUGGAUUCGAAAACUAUUCUCGAUUACGCUCUGUUUCAACUCACCCCAACAAGAACAAGGUGCGAUCUUGUGGUGUUUUCGGGGAAGAAGAGUGAGAAAGUGGCGUCAGGGCUCGUUGAGCCAUUCAUAGCCCACUUGAGAUAUGCGAAAGAUAAUAUACCAAAAGGUGGUUAUUCGAUUACCCUUCGCCCGCCGGCCAAAGCAGAUGACGUGUCAUGGUUCAAUAAGGCCACAUUUCAGAGGUUUGUACGCUUCGUGAGCACACCUGAAAUUCUCGAGAGGAUUGUACGAAUAGAAAGAGAAAUCUCGCAGAUUGAUAGUUCAAUUCAAUCUAAUGAACUUCCAAGGUUGGAGGGGACAGUACAUCAUGGGGAAGAAAGCUUGGCUGUUGCCAAUGGGAAUAUAAGAAAGGCAAGUAGUUCUUUAAAGUCAACCUCUGAAGAAGAAGAUCAUGGGGCUGCACCUAGAGAAAAUUCAAGGCUUCGUCUUCAACGUGUCAUGGAUACUCGUAAAGCUUUACUACAGAAAGAGCAAGCUAUGGCUUAUGCACGUGCAGUUGUGGCAGGAUAUGAAAUCGAGACAAUUGAUGAUCUUAUAAGCUUUGCUGAAACAUUCGGCGCCUCACGGUUGAGAGACGCGUGCAUUGAUUUCAAGGAGCUUUACAAGAAAAAGCAUUCAGAUGACCAAUGGAUGGAUGAAUUAGCCGCUGUACAAGCGUACCCUAUGACCGAUCACUCGUACAUGGAAGCUUCUGGAAUUAUGCUAACGGCCGAUAGUUUUAAUGGCAAUGCCACUCUACCAGAGUCAACUAGUGAAAAUAAUGUUGCGGCAGCUGAGCAAACACAAAACGGUCAACAACAGGUUCCUUGGAUGAACCAGAUUCCACCGUACAUGUACAAUUUUCGAGGCCCCAUUCAGCAAAUUCCGGCAUAUUACCCUUAUUACCCAGGCCAUGUGGGGUGGGCCCCACCCAGCAAAUCCAAAACUCACAAGAAAACACGAAGAAAGGAAAAAUCUUUGGAUGAAAAUGGCACAGAUGCCUCCGAAGAGGACGAACAAACCGAAUCUAGCACGGAAACUGAUUCAGAUGAGGCGAACGAGCAAGACAAAGAAUUUUUGCCAAAGGGAAAAAGGCCUUCUAACAAGCACAAGAAAAAGAGUUCGAAAACAGUUGUUAUUCGUAACAUAAACUACAUUACAUCCCAAAGGUUCAACGGAGAAAAUGAAAAUAGUGAAGAUGCGUCGGAAGACGAUAAAGCUUCUAUUAGAGAAGGUGUAGAUAAAAACAGAGGAAAACAGGGUUCCCAUUCUCAGAACAACUUAAAUGGCAGUGAAAUUGGCAUCCAUACAAAUAUUUCUGAUGGAGGGAAAACAAGCAAUGCUUGGGAUGCUUUCCAGAAUCUUCUCUUAACUCACGAAGAGUCUGAUUCGAGUGAGUUACCGAAGCAUAACCCUGGAGAAGAACAUUAUGUCAUGAAAACUUCUAAUGGAGGGCUUUUAAGAAAACCUAGCAAUGGUAGUGUUAAUGAUUCGAUGCUUUUGGUUCAGAGAGAAGGGUCUAACGGCGGCCAAGGAAGCUCGAUUGAUUUUGUUAACGGUGAAGAUACUCGCUUAAAUACGAAGAGGAACAUUUUCGAAGGCGAGAAUGCAUUGUUUUCAGAACAGUAUAAAGGAGUUACAGAGAUGAGUUCAGCUGAUUUUUCCGCCGAGCAAACAACUGUCAAGAACAGGAAAGAGGAAGAUUGGUAUAUUGUCAACAAUAAUUCAUCUGGAUAUUCAGAAACACAAGGGUCCGAAAAAUUGGACCAAAAAUUAUCUUACGAAAGUAGUAGCAUUUUUCAUAAAGAAACAACUGAACGAACUUCUGUGGUCGAUGAUUCUUUCAUUAUAGAGUCGAGAUCGGCUGUAGGUGAGCACUAUACUUCUAGUUGGACAACGGAUAUCAAUAUAGAAGCUGACAUUGUUGAUGUGCCCAAGCCCGGAAAAGGAAGCCCAACUAUUUCGGGCUCUGCUGAGCCCAAUGACCUCUGCAUGGUUCUCUUGAGAGAGUCGCAAGAAUCUAGCGCCUCGUGGACCCCGGAAAUGGAUUAUCAAGUCGAAAUAUCUUUUAACGAAGCUGAUAAAAAAUCUUCUGCUAUUGUGGCGAAUGGUAAAAGUGCCAAUGGAAAAAGAGUUGUGGGACCCACAGCGAAAAAGAUUGGAAGGGACACAUCGAAAAAGAUGGAUUCUGUUUCAAAGAGCAAGAAGAUUCUGUCUCCAGCUAUGGCACAGAAAUAUAAGUUGAUGAAGGAAGAAGAGGAGCGUAAAAGAAUGGAGGAAUUACGCAUUCAACGGCAGAAGAGAAUAGCUGAAAGGACAGCUGCCAGCAGUUUGACUUCCGCAAGUAAGAAGCUUCCGGUGGGGAAUAAGUCAACCCCUCCAAAACCCAUGAAGAACAAAUCUCCAUCCACUAAACUCGCUGCAUAACAAAGCUGUAAAGUGUUGCUUUUUUGGCUUGUGCUUUCUUGUUUUUAGCAAAGAUAGUAUAUUACAGAGUAAUGGGAUUUGAUACUUGUGUUUCAAUAAACGUGAAACUGUAAGUUUGAAUUUUAUAUAGAUUUUCAGUUCAUUUGCCUACAGUAGGAUAAUGGAAUGAGUUGUGAAUUUCUUGGCUGUAUAAUUGUAUUAUAUGACUUUCUAUUCAAAUUGAAGUACGUUUAUUUUGAAAUAAUCAAAGCCC